AUGGAAAUACCAAGCAGUUUGAGUUGUUUGAAAUCUUUGCCAUCUUCAACGAAUAAAUUAGAAUAUGGCUUAAGGAUACGCAUUAUUUGUAUGCAUAAGAGAUCGCAUGCUCGCGCUAAAGUGCGCGAUCCUCAUCGUUAUCAUUGGAUUACCAUUCCAGAAAAUAUUUCCAAGGAUUUAUAUUUGAAUAGCGAUCAAUUCAGGCCAUCGUUACACCUUUUAUGA